GCUCCAACCAUCCUUCUUCCAUAGGGAAGAAUAUACAUCAGUCACCCAUAUUUCUCUCUCUACUAUAUCAAUGCCGGGGGUCACCCACAACAGGACAUGUACGUCGUUGCAUGCAUACCCAAGCCAGCAGUCUUCUCCCGACCCCCUCUGUCCAGCACCUCUCAUCCCCGUGGGAGAAAAGCUGUUGCGGACUGAUUCCAAGGCCCUUUCUCUGCUGGGUUUAUGAUUAUACCUGUGUUGGGAUAUUGCCAAGUCUUCUCUUCCCCUCCAUUCACUCUCCCCCACACUCUCUGUACGCCUUUGCCGUCACCGUUGCAAAAUAACAGCAGUUUGGUAUUGAAGGAUUUGUUGAUCCCUUGUAGCGGCACAAGCAGGGAGGAAGUCUUAUCGGAAGAUGCCUAUGUGGUUUCUUUUCCUCCUACCGAUAUUCCUCCUCUCCUCCCAGGGAACAGGCGCCUUAACUCUUCUUCGAAGGGAUAACCCUUCCGUUGUGGCAUUAGAUAUUCGCCGCAACGAUGUCCUUGAUCCAGUGUCCAGAGACCGGACAAGACGGAAGCGAGAUAAAACAGUCAGUCAAAAACUAGACAAUCAGGAAACCCUCUAUUUCAGCAACGUGACCCUUGGCUCACCCGAGCAAAACCUGCGUUUAGUUAUUGAUACCGGAAGUAGUGACCUGUGGUGUAACGCAGCAAACUCUACUCUCUGCUCCUCGGCAGAUAAGCCUUGCAAUGCAUCUGGUUCCUAUGAUCCAAACUCGUCAUCGUCUUAUGGAUACGUCUCAUCUGAUUUCAACAUUACCUAUGCGGACGGGACCGGCGCGGCGGGCGACUAUGUUACCGAUGUAUUACACAUAGGCAGCACGACUAUAAAGGAUUUUCAAUUUGGAGUUGGCUAUUCAUCAAGCUCCACGGAGGGCGUCUUGGGUAUAGGAUAUGUCUCGAACGAAGUCCAGGUGGGCCGUGCUGGCAAAGAUCCCUACCCUAACCUCCCUCGCGCCAUGGUCAGAAAUGGCCUGAUCAAGUCAAAUGCCUACAGUCUUUGGCUUAACGAUUUAGGUGCACACACCGGCUCGAUCUUAUUCGGAGGCGUCAACACAGAGAAGUAUCGUGGGAAACUUGAGACGUUACCCAUCCAAACCGUUAAUGGUGAUUAUUCGGAAUUUAUAAUUGCCCUAACCGGCGUUUCGUAUACCACCGGAUCAGAUCAUCAUAGUUACUUGUCAGGGGCACUCCCUGCCGCUGUAUUACUUGACUCUGGCAGUUCACUGACUUAUCUCCCUAAUGCCAUUGUGCAAGACAUCUAUGAUGAUCUUGAUGUUGUCUACGAUCCAUCCGGCGGUGUCGGCUAUGUGCCGUGCAGUUUGGCACAGAAAGACAUCAAUAUAACUUAUACAUUUUCAAAACCCAGCAUCACCGUUGGCAUUCACGAACUCGUCCUUGAUGCCGGUGAUCUUCAAUUCCGGAAUGGUGCCCGUGUUUGUGUUUUUGGGAUUGUUCCUGCAGGUGAAAGCACCGCAGUUAUGGGUGAUACGUUUCUCCGGAGUGCAUAUGUCGUAUACGACCUUGCCAACAAUGAAAUUUCCCUGGCCAAUACCAACUUCAAUUCAACUCAAGAUCAUAUACUCGAGAUUGGGGCAGGCGAAGGCUCUGUUCCUGGCGCAACCGAGGUCUCUGACCCUGUUACAUCGGUUGUUGCCGAUGACUCCGGGGCAAGGAUUGGUGGACCGACUGGCAGCAUAUUUACUGAGGUGUCAUCAGCAAGUAGCACAGGAGCGGCUGUCAGCGCUGAGCCAACGGACUCUCAAGCACUAUUUGCCUUGGGAGCUGCGGCCAUCGGAUGCAUAGUAGCCUUCUAGAGCUCUUUGCCCUACCUUCCCUGCAGUCUUGAAUGCUAUCCCUGCUGGAUUCCCACUGUCUGAGGCAUUGAAGUUGCAUUAGUGAUGAUUUCUGGCUUCUAUUUUCCUUUAUUUUUUGUCCUUGGGCCUAGGGCUCUCGAUAGGCGGUUUAACGAUGAUGAUGCUACGCGAAGGUUGUUUUGAAGUGAUGAGAGAUGUGUCCGAAUGAAUCCGUCAGGAGUCACCAUGCAAGAUUUAUUAUAGCUAUAC